AUGGUGAUGGCCUUCAGCUCGAGGGUCCUUGACAGCCAGAAUUCAGUGAACAGCCCUAUGAUGCCAAGUGCCAGCCCGGGCCGUCAGGGGCAAGCUCAGACGACUCGGGCGCAGCCUUGGCCACAGGGCUUCGAGCCGCCGAAAUCGAAGGCACACAUGGACGACAUCCAGAGCCCGCCGCGGCAGAAGUCGAUGCCCUCGCAAAGUCCGAGGAGCGAGCCAGCGCCCCUCCCGCUGGCAGCCACACUGACGAGAGUUUGCCAGGCACGAAGCAGCCAGCCAAAGCAGUCCCACCAGACGCAUGAGCUACAGCUGCAGCACACUCCAAAAAGCCCCGCUGGAGAAUCCGGGGAUCCCAUCUCGGUCUUCUCAAACCAAGCGGUCCAAGCGCAAAGCCUGGCUCCAACGCCUCCCAGGACGCUUCCGAGGCGGCGGAACCAAGUCCCACAGCUGGCCACGAACUGGCAGAGGUUUCAGGCACGGCAGAGCGAGCAGAGCCCAGCAGAGCCAGGAAGUUCCCCGAGCCAAGGUGAUGGCGGCCAUGGCACGCCAAACCCAAGCAAGGAUGGACCAGAGGCCGCGCUGCAUCGAUCUUCGCAGACUUCACAGACUUCGCAGACCUCGCCAAGGUCGGGAGGCGGAUGGACGCCACAUGCCCUCCAGCGCUGCAAACAGCUGAACUCCACGCCGCCUACAUCGGGCAGCCAAGGACAUGUUGCUGCUGUGGCAACUCCGAGUGGUGCCGGGUUGCGCAAGUCGAAUACCGGCGGCAUUCCCGUUGCAGCGAACGGGGUGCCAAGUGCACACCCGCCAGGCAUGCAGCCUAUGCCCAAUGCCUCGUUCUCCCGUGGCUGCGGCGAUGCCUACACAAGGCCAGCCGAUGGCAGUGCUGCUGUGCCGAAUAACGGCAGCAUCCCUGUUCCAGCGAACGGGGUGCCAAGCGCACACCCGCCAGGCAUGCAGCCUAUGCCCAAUGCCUCGUUCUCCCGUGGCUGUGGCGAUGCCUUCACCAGGAGUGCUGGCAGUGCGGGCAGCCAGGCGCCUGGCCCUUGUGGAAGCAACACAGGCAGCCAGUCUUCCUCGACAUCGCCGAUGCCGUGUGCGGUGCAGCCAGUGCAGCCGCCAGGCCGGAAUCCGACAGUGACCUCAAGGCCCAUCUACGCGGGUGUUCACGUCCAGCUGGAGCUUUGUCCUAAGCCUUGGACAUCGCUGGUAUUCCUGGCGAAAUGCCAGCACUGGCCGCCCAACCUGCUGGCCGAGGUGCAGUCCUGGCCCAGCGCCGCCAAACGCGAAGAUGGCGAGGUCUCCUUCAGGGCAGCCCUCUACAAGAGCACUCUGGAGCGGUUUGAGGGAUUGGCUUCCACGGGCCUGCAAGUCGCGGCCUUGCCGUCCUGGGCUUGCACCGUGGCAGGCUUCGACAGGGGUGGAGAGCCGGUAUGCGGCGGUCUCCCAGCUGCUGAAGCACGAUCCAAGGCCGAGGAGUUUCUCAAGACACUGCCGCAGGGCUCGUCCGUGCUCCCGUAUCAGGUCGAGGCGGUGGCCUUCGGCCUGCAACGUGGCGGCCGCGCCCUGCUGGGGGACGAGAUGGGCCUCGGCAAGACGUUGCAGGCUCUGUUGCUUGCGGCCCAGUACGAGGCGGAGUGGCCCUUGCUGGUGGUGGCUCCAUCCUCUCUGCGCUUUGUGUGGCGCGAGCAGGCAGCACAGUGGCUGCCUCACCUCGUGGGUGCAGAAGGCGGCCAGGUCCAGGUGAUCAGGACUGGCAAAGACAAAGUCAACAAGUGCGCGCGCGUCGUUGUCGCAACCUACGACCUCCUGCGGCGGAGCGAGUCCCUGCGCCGACGCGCCGACGGCCGCGACUAUCUCGCGGUCAUCGUUGACGAGUCCCAAAGCAUCAAGGAGGCCAGCAGCCAGCGGACCAAGGUAGUGGUGGGCAUUUGCAAGGCUGCACGCCGUGUUUUCCUCCUGAGUGGCACCCCGGCUGUAAAUCGAGCAGCGGAACUCUACACACAGCUCGAGGCGCUGAUGCCCGCAGAGAUGCCCAGUUUUGCGCAAUUUGCAGAGCGCUUCUGCUACAAGCAGACGCAAAAAUUUGGUCGUCGCACAACAAUCAAGUGGGCCGGAGUGCAGCGCCCAUCCGAAUUGAACUGUCUCUUGAGCACCGUUAUGAUCCGGCGCCUUAAGAAAGAUGUGCUGCAACAGCUUCCAGAGAAGCGGCGCAUGCGUGUGCCGCUGGAUCCCGAGAAGAUGGACCAGGACACCCUCCGUGAAGUGGAGAGGAGAAGCCGUCAACUGGGCGAAGUUGACUUCAGCUCUGGGAAGGCUUUGGGCGACAUUGCCCAGCUCUUCCGGCAAACCACGGAGGCCAAGAAGGCGGCGGUGCUCGACUAUGUUGAGCACUUGCUCAGUUUGGGAACCAAGUUUCUCAUCUUUGGUCAUCACCACUUGAUGCUGGAUGCCCUAGAAGAGAAGCUCCAGCGGGCCCACUAUGGCUACAUCAGAAUCGAUGGCCGCACGACGGCAUCGGACCGCCCGAAACUCGUCAGCCGCUUCCAAGAGGAAGAGUCUGUCCGAGUGGCCGUGCUCAGCAUCACGGCGGCAGGGACUGGCCUGACGCUCACGGCCGCCCAGACCGUGGUGUUCGCAGAGCUCUAUUGGGUCCCCGGCCAGAUGCAGCAGGCAGAAGACCGAGCGCAUCGCAUUGGCCAGCGCGACUGUGUGUCUGUCCACUACCUCAUCGCGAAGGGGACGUUGGAUGACAUGUUGUACCGGACACUGGAGAAGAAGACUGUCAGCACGACUAGCAUUCUGAAUGGCCAGGGUUGUGGCCUGGAAAUCCUGCAGCAUUCGCCGGAAUGCGAUGCCAGUUUAAAGCGCAAGGUGGACACGGUGGACAUGGCGGACGCGCCACAGACCGAACAGUCGGAGAAACGUCAGCGCAGCGAUGCUCUCCCUUCUCCGGCUUCUGGCCCAUAG